AUGUCGCAACCCACAACGAUCGGCGCCGCGCUCCCUCCGGAGUACUCCGCAGACCCCGCCAGCGUCAAGGAGACGCUGCCCCCGGACACGCUCCGCUUCGCGGGCCGCUUCAUCCACUCCGCCACCUCCGUCAACGCCGAGUCCGGCCUCUACGAGAUCAACUGCCAGAUCGACUUCCUCCGCGAGACGGACCGCAAAGUCGAGUUCAGCCGCAUCGACUACAAACUAAACCGACGAGGCGCCGGCGCCGCCGCCGCCGACUCCACCACGACGUCCGCCCCAGAGAUCGUCGCCUACCCCAAGCACGCCUUCAACAUCGAACGCCCGCCCCUGGUCCUGCAGGAACCCUUCGCGUACUACCUCCGCCCCGUCUCCCGCAGCGGCCUGGGUCUGAUCGGGAUCCGGUUCGCCAAGGUCGGCAAGAGCCUGUGCAAGGCGUGGCACGUGAGGAGGAAGGCGGGGUCCGUGAGCGAGUACGAGAUGCGCGAGCUGCUCUUCGACGCGAGGAUGAAUAACAAGGUGGUCGACUGGCUCGACGGGUCCGGCGCGCGGCUGGCGGUCGAGGAGGCGAGGGACGGGAUGUACAGUCUGAACAUCCUGACGCCGCUGGAUCGGGCGCAGAGGGAUGCGCUUGUCGCGACGUGGUGCGUGAGGCGGUGGGAGAUGAAGGCCGUGGAGUUUCAUCAGAAACGCACGUGGAGAGAUAGGAAACACAUCAUGGAGACUUGCACCCAGGGCUUACCGGGUAGAGGGGAGGGGCUUGCUAGGUAG